UCAGUUUCAACUUGAUGCCGGAGCACGGGAGUCGUCGGCACGGAUGCAGCUCUACACCGGCUUCAGAAGUUGGACGGCCGAACAUUUUAAUGCCAUGACUCUUGACUUUGGACAGGAUUCCCAGCGCAGUGCAGGCGGCGUGCGGUGUUUUAGAAACCAAAAGGUGGACCUGUCCUCUUGUCCGGGUUAUGUGUCUUUGGAGGGUGUUAUUUGAUCAACACGAGGCACUUAAACAAAAUGCACAUUUAGUCUAUCCGAGGCAUGGAGGAAUAUUGAUCCCCGAGGAACCCAUAGGUGCUACUCAUUAUUCACAGUAAUGGAAUAAAGACACUAUCUUGAUAUGAUGGAUGAUAGAUCCAGUAAGCUCAUCUUGGUUCCCAUUUUAGCUGUCCUUUUUGUUAUGAUAGGUUAUCAGUACAUAUGUCCCGCUGGCAGCAAUUCGUGCCACUUUAAGUCUGGAGAGAAUUUAAAGGGGUUAAGCCUGCUGUCCGCCCCGUACCAGGACACCGAUGAUUUCUACAGAGACCAAGACCUGGAGGAUGACAGCCCCCCAAAACUGCCGUCAAAAUUCAACUUCACCGAGAGGGACCUAGACAGACACGUGGAGUUCAACAUCAAAGGGGACGACGUGAUAGUGUUCCUGCACAUCCAGAAGACCGGAGGAACCACUUUCGGGAGGCACUUGGUGAGGAAUAUUCGCUUGGAGCAGCCGUGCGACUGCAAGCCGGGACAGAAGAAAUGCACAUGUCACCGACCAGGGAAAGAGGAGUCCUGGCUCUUCUCCCGGUUCUCCACUGGCUGGAGCUGCGGGCUGCACGCGGAUUGGACCGAAUUAACGAACUGUGUACCUGUUAUUAUGGACAAGAAGGAGGCUCAGAGGAAUAAGAGGAACUUCUACUACAUCACCAUGCUGCGCGACCCAGUCUCCCGCUACCUAAGUGAGUGGAAGCACGUCCAGCGCGGAGCCACAUGGAAGACCGCCCUUCAUAUGUGUGAUGGACGCUCUCCCACCCAGGACGAGCUGCCCACCUGCUACAGUGGGGAUGACUGGUCUGGUGUCACCCUGACAGAGUUCAUGAACUGCCCGUCCAACCUGGCCAAUAACCGGCAGGUCCGCAUGCUGGCUGACCUGAGCCUGGUGGGCUGCUACAACUUGUCCUCCAUGAACGAAAGCCAGCGUAACCACAUCCUUUUGAGCAGCGCCAUGAGCAACUUGAAGAACAUGGCUUUCUACGGCCUGACUGAGUUUCAACGCAAGACGCAGUACCUGUUUGAGCGGACGUUCAGCCUGCGUUUCAUCUCCGCUUUCACGCAGAUCAACAGCACGCGAGCAGCCAACGUGGACCUACGCGAGCCCGUGCGCAGGCGCAUCGAGGAGCUCAACUUCUUGGACGUGCAGUUGUAUGAGUACGCAAAGGACCUGUUCCUCCAGCGUUUCCAGUUCACCCGCCAGAGGGAGCACCAGGAGGUGCGCUUGAAGAGGCGCGAGGAAAGGCGUUGGCUGAGGGAGCAAAGAGAGCAGGGAAGGCCCUGGCCGCCUAAACAUAGAGGGAGCGGAAAUAGAGGCGGGAGAGGGGGAGGAAGUUUUGAGAAAGAGACUGAUGAUGACCUCUCCACCACCACUGAGGACUACACAAGCCAAGUGGCCCGCUGGUAA